UAAGGAUAUAGACGUCUUUUUAAAAUAAAAGCUGUAAUGUGAUUUAAAUAUUAUUGACUAAUUUUUACGAGGGUUUUUUGUGAUUUAUUUUUUAUUACUAAACGGACGCUGGUAAAAGUGUUAUAGUAAUAUUAAAUUAUAUUUUAUGAAACUAUUUUGUACUUUUUAUAAAGUGUUUGUGACAGUGCUUACAUGCAGUGGAAUAAUAUGAAACUUUUGAUAUAAAUUACGUUUGGAAUUUUUAUGGAAGAUUUCCAAAAUGGGCAUUAAGUAAAUACGAAAAAAAUGGACAACCAGCCAGACGUGCAUUCUACAAAAGGCGAGAAGAAAUUAUUAAAAGACAUGAAUGAAAGAAUACCAACUAUAGAUGAGAUACAAAAGGAACAAGUUACAGUCAACAGAAUUAAAAUCUCUCCCAUUGAUCUGUCAAGAUUUUUGGUUAUGAAGAAACCUAGAUAUAUUUUGUAUAAUAAUUUUCAAUAUAAAGAAGAACUAUCAAGAAGAAAUAUGAUAAAAAAAGAUUAUAGUUUUUACAAUUAUUGUUUUUUAAGUGUAAUUAUUAGCUUUAUCUUUGGAUUAAUAAUAGGUGUUAUUUUAAUGGGGUCUUCCCAAACACAUUUAAAUCCAAAUUAUGAUAGAAAAAUAUUGAGAUUAAAUAAUACUAGAGAAGUAACUUCAAGGACUUUGAAUAGCUUAAAAGUUGAUGAUAGUUUUUACAAGACUGAAAAUAAAAUUGACGUGUACGAUAAAGUUAAUACAAAAGACAUCAAGUUUGCUCCUGUGUCAUUUACUGGCGAAAGUCAUAAAUAUAAAAAAGAUAUUUACCCGAAAGGGUUAACAGAGGAUAUGAAAGAUAUUUUGAAAGAUAACAAAGUAACCAAUCAUAAACACUCAAUAAACAAAGUUAUUAAUAAUGCAACAAAUUAUGUUCCUAAUGAAUAUACUGUUUUGUAUGACAAUAUUUUUUGGGGUCCAGAAGUUGAAGAUAUGAUGCCUCAAGGUUAUGGCGAAAAUACUGCAGAAAUAUGGGAAAAGUACGUAGAACAAAGUGAAGUUAUCAAAAUAGAGCCAGGUUGUGGGCGCAUGCAAAAUCGUUUAGUAACAUUCAAAGAUGGUAUUCAGGCCUGCGUGCGAUACAGACAAAACACAGAUCAAAUUCAAGGAGAAAUAUUUAGUUUUUAUGUAGGUCAGUUACUAAACUUGACCAAUUUAGCUCCCUCUGUUGUCAAAGUUGUAGACGUCAAAGAUAAGCUGUGGCGAAAUGUGGCUACUGACAUUGCUUCUGCACAGUGGAAUACAAAUAGAGCUGUUGUUCUGACUCAGUAUAUACCAAGCUUAGAACCAGCUACUAUUCCAGAUAUUUUUAAACCGUCUAACAGGCAUUUGAAUAAAAAUGAUGUGUUACAAAUGUGUUUGAAAGAAAAUAAGACAGUUGAUACUUCAAAAGAAAUAUUAAUAGAAAAAUUGAGGAAUAACAAUUUAAAGUCAACCACAAACGACGUUGAAAACUUUGAACAUAUUGAUAUGACAUUGAGUAGAAAAACAAUUAUAUCUUUUGUGGAACUCGCACAGUGGUCUGAUCUCAUAAUUUUCGAUUAUUUAACAGCAAAUUUAGAUAGGAUUGUAAAUAAUUUAUUUAAUUACCAAUGGAACAUUAAUAUAAUGGAUGGGCCAGCACACAACUUGGCUAGGAAAAUGGACAGCGGUUUAUUAAUAUUUUUAGACAAUGAAUCUGGUUUAUUACAUGGUUAUAGAUUAUUAAAAAAAUAUAACGUGUACCAUAGUCUAAUGUUAGAUAAUUUGUGUGUAUUUAGAAAAAAGACUGUAGACGCUUUGAACAAUUUGUACGAGCAGUCGAUAAAGACCAAAAUUAGUGAUAUAUUUCAUAGGAAAAAUAAUGCGGUAAUAAGAGAUAUUCUGCCACCGUUGCCAGAGAAAAAUGCUAAAAUAUUACAUGAGAGGAUAGGCAAGGUUCUAAGUCAAAUUGAGAAAUGUGAGCAGAAAUAUAGAUAGCUGUUUUGUAGUGGCAUCCCACUUGAACACAACAAUUUGAUUGAGAUAAAUCCUAUGCAACGUUAAAAAUACAAAUUAUUGUGUUUAAGAUAUAUGAUGCAAAAAAGUGAUAAUAUAAGCAUUUUUCGAUACCAAAUAAAUUAAUUUAUUGUAAAAUAUAAAAAAUUGUAUUUGUGCCAGUGUAUAAUUAUAACAACGUGAUAUUUAAAUUAUUAGGAUUAUAAAUUUUUGUUAUUGUAUGUAUAUAUAGUUUAGUAAAUUUUAAAGUGGCUUUCUGAUUUGUAGCGUUAGUUAAAAUUUUUACAGAUGUUUGAUUAUUACUAUUAUAUGUUAUAUCUGUCCACAUUACAAUAAGAAAUAAGAUACGAUUUAUAUAAUAUAUAUAAUUUCUCAUAUUUAAUUAGUGCUAUAUAUUCCUCUGAAUAUUUUGGUGCCUUUAUGAAUUAUAAAACCGAAGUGAAAUUACAUUUUUAAAGAACUAAUACAUAUUCUUACUUUUGUUUGAUACUAAUCCUAAUAGGGUUCAUUUUUUAUUACAUUUAAAUAUUACAACAUAACUAUUACUUCAAUUGCUGAAAAUGUAAUAUCAAUAAACUAGUAGACUUUCUUAAACCGAUUGUAUUAUUAAACUAAUUUACUUUGAUUCGUGUAAAUCAAGUUUUAUAUAACACAGUAUAAGUUCUAAAUUUCAUGGCGAUAUGAACUAAUAUUGUAAGAAAUAGUCUAAACAUUUGUUAUUACAAAUCAAUUUUUAAAAUAAACAACUACGCUACAUUACUCGGCAGCCUUUGAAAUAUGUAAAUAAAUGUA